CGGGAUACGCGGCGACCCACUCAUGUUACACGUCCGACAAUCCGGAACGAUGCGCUGCCCGCCAUUAUCAUCGGCGCCCGCUUCGAACGUCACCGUCAUCAUCAUCAUCAACCCAGAAUUUACAGCGGGUAGAAGCAGUCAUGGAGAACCUGUUCCUCCACUGGGCAAGAGAUUGGAGGCUGUACACGGUCGUCGAGCCGCGGAUCACCUUGGUAACCGGCCGUCAAAACACUACGUCGACGAGCGUCGUCGGGAAAGCUGGCUUCGCCAGACGAUCAUCGACGUCGUCUUAUGGAUCAUCUUACCCUGCGACAAUGAUCGCGACGCUCGAUCGGGAUCGGAGAACGUCGUGUGCGCGACUGAGAUGAUCGUCGACGCGGUAUCCGUUCGGUAUCAUCCGGAAUGUAAAAGCUGACGACGAGGACGAAAGUGCGAUUCUAUUCGGGAAUAAGCGCCUUAAAUCGAAGCAUGAACGGGGGGAAUCCUUGGAUCGUUUGCCUCGUGCUGCUGACCAUCUUCGCCUUCUUCCAAAGAGGGUGGGCCAUCGACUGUUUCAAGUGCGUCUCGAUCGAUGGCGAUAACAAACCAUGCGAUGACCCAUUUCACAACAAUGGUAGCCUCGCUUUCUUAGAAUCGCCCUGCCUUGGAGGUCGAAAAGGCCGGGACGGCCUCUUUCCGGCGACAGCCUGCAUCAAGAUUGCCGGGGUAUACGAUGAAUCCGGGGUAUCUCUCAUGGUGAGGAGCUGCGCGUUAGACAGCGGAACUUUGACGACGGACUCUGAGAUUAUCAGAAUGUCCCACUGCGGUGGUUUUUACUUUGACAACAAGUACGUUCGCGGAUGCGUGCAAUCUUGCAGCGACGCGGACGCGUGCAAUGUGUCGUCGAGGACUUUCACGCCAUUGAUUGCCUUAAUAUUGCCGAUCCUCACGGGGUUCGCGUAAUUUACGUCACGCGAAAAUAGGAAAAUUCGCGGAUACGACGAAGUCAUCACUCGAAGAACGAAGCAGUCUGGAUAUUAAAAAAAUGUGGAGGGAUUUUCUGAUUACGGGAUAUAGCGGCAAACGUUGUAGUGAUUAUAUCAAUGUACAACCAUAAUUAAUACGAUGAUCUUUCAUUCGAUUUCAUUAAGUCUUUUACGAUACUUAAAACAGACUAUAUAGUGAAUACUGCCAGAUUUUACGAUUAAGCUCUACAUUGUUAUCAUUAAAAAGUAGUUCACACGUCAUUUAUUCUGGCUAUCAGUAGCUUUGCGUACGAUACGUUAAUUCCAGCUUGAUAUCAAUAAAGCAUAUCUUGUCUUAAA